AUGGAUCCUUCAUCCGAUGACGACGAGGUGAGAGACGGGGAGGGUUCGAUGCUGAAGACGUUUCCGGUGCCCUUGCCUGUGCUUUCCAUGUCCACGCCUCUCUCGCGGUCCAUUCACGCGCUCGCCCUCCGGCGAGACCUUAUCAGCGACAUCUUCGUGUCUAACGACCUCCUCAUCUCAUUCGUGCACGUAGAUAAUCUAGUCUCCGCUCGAAGGCUGUUCGACGAAAUGCUCUCUAGGGAUAUCGUUUCCUGGAAUGCGAUGCUCUUUGGCUACUCGCAAGGCGACCACUACGAGAAUUGCUUGCAAUUGUAUCGAGAUAUGGAAGCAUGUCCUGACGACGUCCUUCCUAACGCCUUCAUCGUGCUGAGCGUGUUGCAGGCUUGCUUUCAGCUCGUGAACCGAACAUUCGGCUUGGAAGUUCAUCGCUUUGUUGUGGAGAAUAAUGUCAAGAUGAACCGCACCGGCUGGAAUUCGAUGAUCUGUUUCUAUACUAAGUGCGGGUGCUUGGAUUUUGCCUACCAAGUGUUUGAUGAAAUGAGUGAUAGAGAUGGUGUCACAAUCAAAGUAGUCGUGAUUACCUCCUUUAUAUUGGUCCUGGGACGGGUUGACGGAGGCGCUGAGGACGAGCGUAUUCGCCUUUUGCCACCAUUGAGUGGAGGCCAGAAGCAAAGGAUCCAACUAUCCAUAGCUGUGUACAACAAUUCAGACGUCUGUUCUCUGGAUGAUCCUUUCAGCGCGGUCGAUGCACACACAGGGGCGCACCUCUUCAAGGAAUGUUUGAUGACGCUGCUGUCCAGCAGGACUGUUACGCAUCAGUUGGAGUUUUUAGCUGUGCGACGAUUCUUCCUGCCUCCUGAAGAUAAAGCUGUUCUUGGAUUCUCGGAAUGGGUUGCCGCUGCUUUUAGAAAAGCAUCGAUUGGGAAUGCAAUAUCUCAUGUUGCAGAGGGAAGAGUAAAUGCACUACAGAAAGCUAGGAGUGUGCUAUCUGAGGUCUUUGCUGGAAGCUCGCAAAAGCUAGGUCCUUCUUAUUGGGAGUGGAUACAAGAAGUUGCCACUAUAUCAGUAACAAGGCACAUCCUUCAGCGUUUGUAUGAUCUGCUGGAGCAAGAGAAGUCUUUUACCCUCCAAGAAAUACAUUCUAAAGAGAGAAUGAUAUCUCUUGUAAAAGAGCUUAGCAAGAAAGGACAAAGGCAAAGAGCUAUUGUUAUCUUACAUCAGUUGAUUGACGAUGCUCAUUGA